AACAACCUGCCAAGGUUGCACCUGAUACUCAAACAAAACCAAAAAAUUGGCAUAUUCGUGAUGACCCAAUUACAUGGAAGAAUUGGUAUAAACAUGUAAAUUGGAUUCAUGCAGUUUUACUUCUUUCAACUCCAUUGAUCGCACUUUAUGGCCUUUUAUUUAUUGAAAUACAAAGAAAGACAGUGAUAUGGGCAGUUUUUUACUACUAUAUAACUGGUUUGGGGAUCACAGCAGGACACCAUAGAUUAUGGGCUCACCGUGCAUAUAAAGUAUCUCGUCCGUUCGAAAUAUUCCUCAUACUCGCAUGCUCCGGCGCUGUGGAAGGUUCUAUCCGAUGGUGGUGCAAAGGACAUCGAGCUCAUCAUCGAUGGACAGAUACUGAUGCAGACCCUUACAACGCAAAUAAAGGUCUCCUUUACUCACAUAUCGGCUGGAUGCUUUUAAAGCAAAAUCCUAAUCGUGUUGGAAGGGCUGAUAUUUCUGAUUUAAAUGCUGAUCCUCUGAUUAUGUUUCAGCACAAAAAUUAUUGGAUUUUCGCGCUCUUUAUGGGAUUUUUAUUUCCUACUAUGGUUGCUGGUUUUGGUUGGGGUGACUGGCGAGGAGGUUUUUUUUUCGCUGCCGUAUUGCGUCUAGUUUUUGUACAUCACGCAACAUUUUGUGUUAACUCAUUAGCGCACUAUCUUGGCGACACGCCAUUUGAUGAUCGUCGUACUCCACGUGAUCACUUCAUAACUGCCCUUCUAAGUUUGGGUGAAGGAUAUCAUAAUUUCCAUCAUGAAUUUCCAAUGGAUUACCGAAACGCUAUUAAAUUUUAUCAAUAUGAUCCAACAAAAUGGUUAAUUAGAUUUUUAUCGUAUUUUGGUGUUGCGCACCAUUUAAAGAAAUUCCCUGAAAACGAAAUAAAUAAAAGUAUGAUAAUAAUGAAACAAAAGAAAUUAGAUAGAGAGAAAUUGAAAUUGGACUGGGGCAUACCAUUAGAUAAAUUGCCAAUUUAUACUUUUGAGCAAUAUGUGGAAAAUGCGAAAGAGAACAAUUGGAUUUGUAUAGAAGGGAUUAUUCAUGACGUUAGUGAAUUUAUUGAAGAACACCCUGGUGGUAGAUCAAUACUAACAGCUUCAAUAGGGAAGGAUAUGACGGCAGCUUUUAAUGGUGGUGUUUAUGACCACUCUAAUGCCGCUAGAAAUUUGAUGGCGUCUUUACGCGUUGGUGUUGUUUCGGGCGGAGGCGAAGUUGAAUGUCGUAAGACAAAAUAG